AUGCGUCGCCUUUGGUCAUGGUCGGCGUUAAUCGCCUGGGCCACGUUACCGUCGGUGUAUGGAGAGGGUCUCUUUUCACUUGGUGAAAUUGAUGGUUCCAUGCUCAACGGUGCUAGCGAUGCUUGCGUCGCAGCAAUCAACACCAAAGUGUCCUGCCCUUUCAUACUAGGGCAGUUGUACUUUGACUGGGAUAUGGACCUUGAUACCGCUCAGAUAAAAGAGCUCUGUCAGGGCAGCUGCUUAGGAAGCUUGGCCGACUUGCGAGAUUCAGUCAAAACAACAUGCGGCUCGGAGGUCACCUACGAGGAUCGUGUGGAUGGAGCCUUGUGGAAACCUUCGUAUCUGAUGGAACAAGCAAUCUACUAUGUUGAGCGGGCAUGCCUCCGAAAAGGAAAUGGACAGUACUGCAAUACGUGGUUCCAAAGCGCUCCCGCUGACGCAUCUCUCUGUGAUGAAUGCUACAAGCUCAUCUUGUGGCAUAAUGCUCAAUCGCCACUGUCAGAAGAUACUGCCGAUCAAAAGGCCAUCUACGCUUCCGCCAGUUCGAGCUGCGGCUACAAGAAACAACCUACGCAGACAUAUCAGCCCUUGAUUGUUUCAUCUCCAACGGCAACAAUAAGCUGUAGCUCCGAGUACACAAUCAAAUCUGGGGAUACAUUCCUCAGUGUUUCCAAAUCUCAAAAGGUCUCGACGCACGAUUUAGCCACAGCCAACAGGCUUGACUCCCUUGUCAGCGACUUUCCGUCAUCAGGAAAACUAUGUAUUCGCAACCAGUGCGAUGUAUAUGUUGUUAAGAGUGGUGACACUUGCGAGAGUAUUCAGUCAGAUACCGGCCUCUCCAGAGCCAAACUCAGAUCCUGGAAUCCCUUUAUCAACGGCUAUUGCGACAACGUCUCUUCCUAUGUCAAUCAGACAAUCUGCAUCUCGAAUCCGCUGGGAGAUUACAAAGUGCCCGAGAACGAGGACUCGGCUGGAUUUGACACUCCCGCUACAGUUCCAGACAAUAUUGCACCAGACACGAAAACAAAUUGUGGACUUUUUCACAAUGUCACUGCCGGCGAUGACUGCGGUACCAUCGGUCUCAAGUAUAGCAUUUCCCUCGAUGACCUCAUCUUCUUGAAUCCCAUGAUCUGGCAAAACUGCACGAAUCUAUGGCUCAGGACCUCUUACUGCGUUGCUCCCGUGGGCGACAUCGCCGACUACCUCGGUUAUGGACCUGAAGAGGACGAGUGGACAAUUGAACCGCAAGAGUCCACCGAAGUUCCUUACUGGGAAAAGUUUCCUCGCGACGGCCCAUAUGUGCCUCUGGCAAACGGCACUCGCGAGGAUUGCUGGGAGUAUCUUUGGUGGAACGAGACAUAUGCCGGCAGUCCUAUCCCUUGUCUCGAUGCAGCUCUCGGCUACGAGCUAGACCUUGAGCAGUUCUUCCUCUGGAACCCGAGCUUGGAUCAAAAUGAGCCAGAUGCAGUGUCGCCCACCUACGAUUUCCCGUGUACAAUCUCUCCAUUUGUCUCAUAUUGCAUGCAGCUCGCAAGCCCAACGCCUGUGCCAAAGAAACCCCGAGUUCCUCCAUCUCCUCGGGCGGCUGGCGAGAUCGCCAACUGCACGCGGUGGUUCAUGGGAUACUUUGAUUGCGCGAGUCAGUUGGGGCACAGCAGGAUGACAAUGGAGAAAAUGUACCGGUAUAACCCUUCUCUCAAAGAGGAUUGCAGCGGUUACACUCUGGGAACGUUUUACUGCCACGAGACCAUUGAGGACCUGUAUGGCUAUGACGAGGGUCCAGCGCCGACCACGUCUUCAACGCCCACUUCAACAACAUCGUCUAAAGCAAGUAGCAGUGCUGCCCAGCCAACUGACGUCAGUACAGAUGGGACAUGUGGAGGCACAAAAGGCAAAACAUGCUUGGGUUCUGCGUUUGGGGAUUGCUGCUCCUCUAGUGGAUAUUGUGGCGAUUCAUCGCCCUACUGUGGCGGUGGAUGCCAGUCAAAGUUUGGUAAGUGUGAUGCAGGGAGUGAAAAGAUCAGCCCUGAUGGGACCUGCGGUGGAGAGAAGGGCUACACUUGUGAAGGGUCACAGUUUGGGAACUGUUGCUCGCAAUACGGCUACUGCGGAACAGCAACAGAUAAUUGUGGAAACGGAUGCCAAAAGCAGUAUGGACUCUGUAAUUAG